GCGAGAAGAGAAAGACAGAAGUAGGAGCAGUGCCUCUGAGGAUUCCAACGCUCAAACAACCAUUGCAGAAUAAAAAGCAUCACCGGUCUAAUCUCCGGAUGACAGGAGCUGCUGGAGCCAUGACUGCCUCACGCUCUCUCGCCACUCUCACUUUUGUGCUUCUCGUUGGAAAGAGCAUAGCUUGGUAUUACAACACCUCCACUGAACCCAUGACGUAUGAUGAAGCCAGUGCUUACUGUCAACAGAAGUACACACAUCUGGUGGCCAUCCAGAACAAGGAAGAGAUCAACUACCUGAACUCCACCCUGAGAUAUUCACCAAAUUAUUAUUGGAUUGGAAUCAGAAAAGUCAAUAACGUAUGGAUCUGGGUGGGGACCCAGAAGCCUCUGACCGAGGAAGCUAAGAACUGGGCUCCAGGUGAGCCAAACAACAAGCAAAGAAACGAGGACUGUGUAGAAAUCUACAUCCAAAGACCCAAAGAUUCGGGCAUGUGGAAUGACGAGAGAUGUGACAAAAAGAAGCUGGCUCUGUGCUACACAGCUUCCUGUGCCCGUGAAUCCUGCAGUGGUCACGGCGAGUGCGUGGAGACCAUCAAUAGUUACAUCUGCAAGUGCCACCCGGGCUUCCUUGGACCCAACUGUGAGCAAGUUGUGACCUGCAAACGACAGGACAAUCCUGACCACGGAAGCAUGAACUGCACUCAUCCUUUUGGCCUCUUCAGCUAUAAUUCCUCCUGCUCUUUCAGCUGUAAUAGGGGCUACCUGCCCAGCAGCAUGGAAACGACCACGUGGUGUAUGUCCUCUGGAGAAUGGAGCGUGCCAGCCCCAGCCUGCCACGUGGUUGAAUGUGAAGCUUUGACAAACCCUGCCAAUGGUUUCAGAAAAUGUUCCUCAAAUCCUGGGAGCUUCCCCUGGAACACGACCUGUACAUUUGACUGUGAGGAAGGGUACAGACGAGUUGGAGCUCAGAAUCUACAAUGUACCUCAUCCGGGAUCUGGGACAAUGAGAAGCCAUCAUGCAAAGCUGUGACCUGUGAUGCCAUCCCUCAGCCUCAGAAUGGCGCCGUGAGCUGCAGCAGCUCAACAGCUGGAGAGCUGGCCUUUAAGUCAUCCUGCAACUUCACUUGCGAGCACAGUUUCAUGCUGCAAGGGCCAGCCCAGGUUGAAUGCAACGCACAAGGGCAGUGGAUACCACAGAUUCCAGUUUGUAAAGCUUUCCAGUGCGAAGCCUUAUCCAAGCCACGGUGGGGCCACAUGAAAUGUCUCCCCAGCCCUUCUGAAGCGUUCCAAAGUGGAUCCAGUUGUGAGUUCUCCUGCGAACGAGGAUUUGAAUUGAAGGGAUCAAAAAGGCUUCAGUGUGGCCCAAGAGGGGAGUGGGACAGCAAAAAGCCCACAUGUUCAGCUGUGAGAUGUGAAGCUGUCCCUCAACCUCAGAAUGGCUCCAUGGAGUGUGCCCAUGCGGCAACUGGAAAAUUCACCUACAAGUCUUCGUGUGCCUUUCAGUGCAACGAGGGCUUUGAAUUACAAGGAUCAGCUCAACUGGAGUGCACAUCCCAGGGAGAGUGGAGCGAAGGAGUCCCCUCCUGCCGAGCGGUCCAAUGCUCCAGCCUCGAUGUCCCAGGAAAGAUAAACGUGAGCUGCAGUGGCGCAGCGGUCUUCGGCACGGUGUGUGAAUUUACGUGUCCUGAUGGAUGGGCACUCAACGGAUCUUCAGUUCUGACAUGUGGUGCCACAGGACGCUGGUCCGGGACGAUGCCUACCUGUGAAGCCCCCACCAACCCCACCCGUCCCUUGGUAGUUGCACUUUCUGCGGCGGGGACCUCGCUCCUGGCAUCGUCCUCAUUUCUCUACUUGUUGCUGAGAUACUUCCGGAAGAAAGCAAAGAAGUUUGUCCCUGCUAGCAGCUGCCAAAGCCUCCAAUCUUUUGGAAACUAUCAAGCACCUUCUUAUAGCAUCUAA